UGGGGUCGCAAAGAGUCGGACAUGACUGAGCGACUGAACUGAACUGAAGAUAAAAUUAACAAAAUAUUUCGUGAAUUUGCACUGGCGCCCUUGGCGUUCUGGGAAAGACGUGUCUUCUUAAUUCAUGGCAUGGAUUCCUUGGCGGUCAGUUGCAAAACGCAUCGCUACCAAUGGUGUUUGGCCCCUUUAAAGGCGGCGACUCACUGCUCUGGCAUGGCUUGGGAGAGGUCAUUCCCUGGCGCCAUAUGAGGUGGACGAAGGCCUUUUCUCCUGGCAACUGGGAACUACAAGACCCAGAGUGCCCAGCGUCAAAGGCGACGCUGCUGAGGCAAUGAUGGCGCAGAAAAAAGCUAUUUCCGCUGGGGAACAAUCCUAAGGGGCGGGACUUCUGGCCUCCUCCUUAAGGUGGACAUUUUAACUCCGCCGGUUCUGUUCUGUAUGAGAGGGCUGGCAGGACCCGAGGGACGGGAACAGGAAGGUCCGAGAGGGGGUACUGUCGUUGCUGCAAAGGGACGGGUCUGAACCUCGGCGACACCGCCUGGGGUCCGCCGCUCCCGGGUCUCUCCGCCUCUCCUAGCCCCGCUACCCCCAGAGUCCGAUGGCGGCGGCGGCGGCGGCGCUGAGGGAGCAGCCUCAGAACUACUCCCUGUGGGCCUUUGUGGUCAGUGUGAACUUUGAAGAUGUAGCUGUGACCUUUUCCUGGGAGGAAUGGGAUCUCCUUGAUGAGCCUCAGAGAUGCCUGUACCGUGAUGUGAUGCUGGAGAACUUGGCACUUAUAACCUCCCUGGGUUGUUGCCAUGAAGUGGAGACCAAGAAGACUUCUUUUGAACAAAAUGUUUAUUUUCAAAGAAUGUCACAGAUCAGGACUCCCAAGGCAGAUCUAUCCUCCAAAAAGGCCCACCCCUGUGAACUAUGUGUCCAAAUAUUGACAGACUUUCUAUACUUGGGUCAAUGUCAAGGAAUACAUUCAAAGCAGAAAUUACAUAGGUCUGGGAAACAGUUGUAUGUCAGCACAAACCUUCAUCAGCAUCAGAAGCAGUGCAUCGGGGAGAAACUCUUCAGAAGAGAUGUGGAUAGAACUUCAUUUGUGAUGAACUGCAAAUUCCAUGUGUCAGGAAAGUCAUUCGUUUUCAGGGUGGUUGAGAAGGACUUCUUGACCAGGUCUCAAUUUCUCCAGCAAUGGGCUACUGACACCUGGGAGAGGUCAAGCAGAACUGAGUGUGAGACAGCCUUUCAGAGGGGAAAAACUUAUCCUAACUGGGGAGAAGUUAGCAAGAAGUCCCACCUCAUUGUAUACCAGAGAGUUCACACCAGGGAAAGGCCAUAUAAAUGCAGUGAAAGUGGGAAGUCAUUUAGCCGAAACUCUACGCUCCUUCAACAUCAGAGAAUCCACACUGGAGAAAGGCCUUAUGAGUGCAGUGAAUGCGUGAAAACUUUUAAUCAACGUUCUGCUCUUCAUCAGCAUCAGAGACUUCACACUGGUUCAAGGCCUUAUAAGUGCACUGAUUGUGGGAAAUCCUUUGCCGAUAAUUCCACCUUCGUUAAACACAGGAGAAUUCACACUGGAGAAAGGCCUUAUGAGUGCAGCAAAUGUGGGAAAGCAUUUUCCCAAAGUUCUUCACUCCUGCGACAUCAGAGUGUUCACACUGGGGAAAGGCCUUAUGAAUGUGGAGAGUGUGGAAAAUCCUUUAGGCAAAAGCCCAACCUUAUUCAACAUUGGAGAAUUCACACUAGAGAAAGACCUUUUAAAUGUGAGAAAUUAUUUAGCAACAAGUCCCAUCUCACUGAACACCAAAGAGUUCACACUAGAGAAAGGCCAUAUGAGUGUGGGGAAUGUAAGAAAUUCUUUAGCAAGAGGUCCCACCUUAUUAUACACCAGAGAGUUCACACUGGGGAAAGGCCAUAUAAAUGCAAUGAAUGCGGGAAAUCAUUUAGCCAGAACUCUACGCUCCUUCAACAUCAGAGAAUCCACACUGGAGAAAGGCCUUAUGAGUGCAGUGACUGUGGGAAAACUUUUAAUCAACGUUCUGCUCUUCAUCAGCAUCAGAGACUUCACACUGGUUCAAGGCCUUAUAAGUGCACUGAUUGUGGGAAAUCCUUUGCCGAUAAUUCCACCUUCAUUAAACACAGGAGAAUUCACACUGGAGAAAGGCCUUAUGAGUGCAGCAAAUGUGGGAAAGCAUUUUCCCAAAGUUCUUCACUCCUUCGACAUUGGAGAGUUCAUGCUGGAGAAAGGCCUUAUGAAUGUGGAGAGUGUGGAAAAUCAUUUAGGCAAAGUUUCCCAAAGUUCUUCACUCCUUCGACAUCACAGAGUUCAUUGGAGAAAAAUCUUACAAGUAAAGAAAAUUUAAGAAGCUGGUUAGCCCAAACUGUUUUUCAACAUCAGAGAACUCACACUGGAUCAAAGCCAUGUGUGAGUGCCAUGAAUGUUGGAAGUACUUUGCAAAAAGCUUCAGAUUCAUUAAACACUUGAGUGUUCAUACUGCAGAAAGGCAUUAUAUUGUAGGAAAUGUUUGAAUUCCUUUACCUACAACUCUAGUCUCAUAGAACACCAUAAUGUUCACACUGGAUAAUAGCCUUGCGGAUGUGACUAAUGUGGGAAAUUUUUUUUUUAUCUGAAACUCUAGCCUCAUUACAUACUGGAGAGUUCACAAACUUCACUCUUAUUUCAUUGAAUACCACAAAGUUCAGAAAUGAGUUGUACAGGGAUGAAUUAUUGGUCAGUAUAACACUGGGGAGAUCCCUUAUGAGGGUGUUGACCUCAUACAUGCACUUAUAUUCCAGGUUUAUGGGAGCUUCUGUUGUAUGGAAGGUGUUCAUAAUGUACAUUUUUGAACCACCCUGAGUCCAGGGAAGAACGCUU